AUGUCUGUUGUGCCGCUGCUGUAUAGCCUAGAUACUAUCGAGUUCAUUUGUGACGUCCCUGUUAUCGCGUACAUUGAUGGAAACCUUGGCCUAUUGUUCAUGAUGCCUAUUCGAAUAGCAUCUGAAUGUGUGGAGUCGUUCGCCCACAUGAAUAUAUUGGCUAACGAUAUGUUGAGGGAAGGCGUUAAGAAAUACUCAGAUUGGCCAACCUACCCGCAACUGUAUGUCGAUGGCGAAUUCGUCGGUGGUUGUGAUAUUGUUCUUCAAAUGGCCGAAGAUGGUGAGCUCCAUGACCUCCUCCUUGAGAAGGGCGUCAUAAGCGCCUAA